AAAUAGCCCAUGAAUGAAUUAAGCCCAGAAUGAAAUACCAAACCCAAUUCAUAUUCACAUUCACUACAAAACCCUAGUUCUCUCUAGUGCCUCCUUCCUUCCUUGUUACAUCUCUCAGAAAGAAAGAAAACUGCGCAUUGUUCAACCAGGUAAGGUAAGAUGGCCGUUCCUCUGCUAACUAAGAAGAUUAUCAAGAAGCGUGUGAAGAGGUUCAUCAGGCCUCAAAGUGACAGGAAAAUAUGUGUCAAGCAAAGCUGGCGUAGGCCAAAGGGUAUUGAUUCUCGUGUUAGGAGAAAGUUUAAGGGAGUUACUUUGAUGCCAAACAUUGGAUAUGGGUCAGACAAGAAGACCCGCCACCAUCUGCCAAAUGGAUUCAAGAAGUUUGUUGUGCACAAUGUCCAGGAUUUGGAACUUUUGAUGAUGCACAACAGGACAUACUGUGCUGAGAUCGCACACAAUGUUUCAACCAGGAAACGAAAGGAUAUCGUUGAACGUGCAGCUCAAUUGGAUGUUGUUGUCACCAACAAGCUCGCUAGGUUGCGCAGUCAAGAAGACGAGUGAUUGUUUUUGCAAUGUCAAAUUAUUUUUGCUUUUGUUGUUUAUGGGAUGAACAUGGCACAAAAUCGUUCUUUAGAAUUGUUGUCUAAUGGAUUACUGUGUUUGAAUCCUGGAGAUUUUUGUGUUGACUACUUUAGUAAUACUUUGUUAAGAGUAUUUUGGCACAUUGGUAUUGAUAGUCAUCUAAUCUUAUGCUCUCUUAUUAGAUUCUUGCUCUGA